AAGGACAUGAGUUUGAGCUCCUGAAGUGACGUCAGUGAAUAGAUGGAGAAAGAAGGAGUCUUUAGCUUAGAGGCGAGAGCAGAGGUACAGAGAGAGAGAGAGUGUUAUUAGAGACUGUGCACAAAUUGAGAAUUAGCGGUAGUGUGGACUGGUCCGUAAUCUCGUUACAUAACCCGUCACUGAACGCGCCGUUCGUCGGUUCAUUGGCGUUAAUCCGUCAUUCCACACCGCGAAAACACUUGUGGCAUUCGUCAGAGCGAGAGAACUUCGACACAUUUAGGUUUUAUCGUGAUGAGGAGAGCUAAGAUAAUUUUACCGAGUCACGGUUAGAAAUAAGUGUUCUUUAUAGUGUAUAUGCUUCUGCCCUUGUAUAUGUCCAGUAGUGUGGUGGUCGCUGACGCGGUUUCCAUCACAACGCCGGAGAGAAAGAGAGGAGCCAAAGCGACAGACAGCCAGACUCACCGAUUUCCAAGCCGAAACUGACAAGUAUUUCCAAGGGUUUCCACGCGCCUCUGCAGACAUGGAGGCGGCGAGUUUGGCACAGGGGGUCGCGAGCCCGCUGAGUCCGCGCGAGGGAAUGAUCAAGAACGUGAGCCUGGAGUCGCUCCAGCUGUGCGAGAGAGACGGUAAAGCUGAAGACACUGGAGUGGUAGAAAUGGAGUUACCGGUGGCUCGCAACAUCAAGAUCAGUAACAUCACCUGCGACUCCUUCAAGAUCUGCUGGGAUGUGGAUCCGCACAGCACAGAGAAGAUCACACAUUACUUCAUUGACCUGAACAAGAAGGAGAACAAGAACUCCAACAAGUUCAAACACAAGGAUGUGCCUACAAAGCUUGUUGCUAAGGCGGUUCCGUUGCCCAUGACAGUGAGAGGCCAUUGGUUCCUGAGUCCACGGACCGAAUACACCGUUGCCGUGCAAACAGCGUCCAAACAGACAGACGGGGACUAUGCUGUAUCAGAAUGGAGUGACAUUGUUGAGUUUUGUACAGCAGAUUAUUCCCCUGUGCAUUUGACUCAGCUGUUGCAGAAGGCUGAAGUCAUUGCUGGCAGGAUGCUCAAGUUCUCAGUCUUUUACAGGAAUCAGCACGAGGAUUACUUCCAACACUGCAGAGAUGUUCUUGGCGGCCGAAUGAUGCCCUCAGUGAAAGACAACAGCGGCAGUCACGGGUCACCAAUCAGUGGUAAACUUGAGGGCAUCUUCUUCAGCUGCAACACAGAGUUCAACACUGGUCAGCCAGCGCAGGACUCUCCAUACGGCCGCUUUCGCUUCCAGGUGCCUGCUGAGGUUCUCUUCACCCCAGACACACGCCUUUACUUUGGAGACUUCUACUGCAUGUACACCGCCUAUCAUUACGUCAUACUGGUCCUGGCACCGCGGGGCUCCAGUGGAGACCUUUACUGCAGUGAGCGCCUUCCAGAGCUGGACGUGACCAACAACCGAUUCCUAAUGCGACUGUGCGGAGAGGACGGGCGCGUGGUCUUUCAGCAUGCACAGGAUGUGAUUCUGGAGCUGAUUUACACAGAGCCGCUGCCGCUAGCUCUGGGGACUGUCUCUCAGAUCAGCGGACACCAGCUCAUGAGUUUGUCCACCAUCAAUGCCAAGAAAGAUCCCAGCUGCAAGACCUGCAACAUCAGCGUCGGCCGUUAGUUUGGGAGCAAACUCACAAACACAGAACCAUUUGUGAAUAUAACAUCAAACCGUACUCAAGACGUCAUCAACAACUAAACAAACAAGCUUAGAAUGGCACAUAACAGAUGAAUACCAAGAUAAACGGCCCCCUCAGAAUACUCUGUAUAUCCACAUGGCACUCAAUCCCCCACCUAAUGCUAGAUUUUUUUAAGGUUGAAUGAAUCAAGCAUUAGACAAAAAAAAGUAAAUAAAUGGUCAUUUAAAAAGUCAUUAUGAAAAAGACAAAAUCUAUGAAAGCCUGUUUCUGCUAAAAGAUUUAUUUAUUUAAUAAUUUGUAAUUGCACUUUUGUUCUUUUUUCCUCAUCAUUUUGAGUGAGUUAUGGGUUUUUACUCACAAUUCAGACAGCUAAUAAUUGCAAGAUAUGAACACUGAAUUGCAAAAUAAACUUAUAAUUAGAUAUAAAAUUGAA